CAUGGAUGUCAUCACCCCGACCCUUUCAGAAAUCAGAGGGAGGACUCCGGAGCCCAGCACCCUGAAGGUGACGCUCAGCAGGCUGGACGGAGAUCAAGACCAGAGCAGCAGCAUCUUUUCUGGGUUUGCGGGACUCCUUGCCGUCCUCCUGGCCGCCGCAGCUCUCUGCGCCCUGUGGAACUGGAGUAAACGGAAGAAGCGUGAGUCCCCUGUUUGGCGAGUUCCUUACCUGCACUUGCUGACUCUGCCUCCAUCCAGACGUCGAGCCAGUAAUAUCUAUGACCUCUUGCCCCGGAGACAAGAAGUGCUAGGGAGACAUCAGGUGAGGAGUACCCUUAUGUUCAGUGUCGAGAGCCUCCUCUCCAGAAACUCGGACAGCCCUUCCUCCGGCAACGUGACCUCCCAAGCAGGCGACGCCCUCCAGGUGCACAGAGCCCAGCCGCUGGCUGUGGGCAUCUAUGACAAUGCCGCCGGGCCCGGGAUGUGUGGGGACCUCACCCCCUCAGCACACUGCGUCGGUGUCAGAAUGGCUGGAGACUACUCCAGCAUUUCUUCAGAGGGCUCCAGGGAGUAUGUCAACGUCCCCACAGCAGAGGAAAUUGCUGAGACUCUCGCUUCUACCAACAACCCCGCUGGGGACCUCUUUGUGCUCCCAAGUGCUCAGGAGCGGGGAUUUACUGAGGGAGACGAGGGCUGUGGCCAUGCCAGCGACUGCACCAGUUUUUUGUCUCCAGGAACUGAGAGCAAUGAUCCACUCAGCGAUGAGGAAGGUUCUUCUCAGACCUCAAAUGACUACGUCAACAUGGCAGAGUUCAGUCUUGGGGCCAUGCAGGAGCAGCAGCCAUGGGUGUCUUUUCAGUGCUGCAGAGAUUAUGAAAAUGUCCCACCAGCAGAUCCCAACGGAAGCCAGCAGCAGGCAGAAGAAGUGACGUCCUCAAACACAAACCGUGUAGAGGGCAGGACAGAUGGUCUAGGGACCCACGUACAACCUGUCAUGCAGCCGGGAAGGUUUUUGGUUUUAGGGGAUUAUGUGAUUUAUCAGCCAUCUGCACAGAGUGAGAAUAGUCAAAUGGAACAUGGAGAAGAGAUGUCAAAUGGGGACUCUAAUGAUUAUGACGUUGUGCUGGCUGCCAAGUUAGGAGGCGGGGACUCUGAGCAGGAACCAAACCCAUGGCUCCUCCCUGAUGAAUUAAGGCCCACCUGCCCAGCUGGAAAGCCACAGGGACUAGCCUAUCCUGCCAAAUCCAAGUGAAGACCCUUGACCAUCCUUGUAUUUCAGUGGAUUCGUUCAGUUAGGCUAAAAAGAUGCUGAGUAGGGAGCUAAGAGGUUUAUAAAAGCAGAGGUUUGGAAAAGCCAGAAAGAAAUUAUUUUCAAACAGGGUACCAUUAUCUCUCCUACCAACCUUAGAAUGUUUCCUAAAACUGCCUUUUAGGACUCUUAGGAGAUUAAAAAUGAGAGAGUACUUUAGUGCACAGUAGAAAUAUAAAGUAGUCUAAAAUCAUUACCU